AUGAAAGGCACCAAAGCACAUUUGCAGCCGGAAAAACGGUCAGUGGCCAGAGCAAGCCUAUCUGGGCCAUCAGACCCUUGUCUAUGUUCAAGGGACAGUGAGGGCAGAAGGAUGCUGAGCGAGACGAGGCAAGGAGACUUUGCCGCCAUCGUGUAUUUGGUACCUGGAAUCGAGGAGCGAGUGGAGCUCAGUAAGAGCGUUUCCCCGGGAGUCCGGGGCUCUGACGCUCAUCACACCCUGACGCUCAGCUGCUGUGACCUCUGA